ACGUACAACUCUAGGCUAAAGGAUACACGUACUUGUCAACCGACUGCGAAUUUCAUACUACUGUUGCAGAAGAGAGAAAGAUGUUGGACGAUUCUGCUCUUGCCGAACGCAAUCUGGCGUUCAACUCAGACGUUAUGUUGUCUAUCCAGUCUUCUAUAACUUUGAGGAAACCGCUCAUGCUGUUUAUAGAAGAUCCUGCCAGCGCUGCUCACUCAGAUGCAUGGUUGGGUAGGAUGAUAUUCAACAACCCAGGUCUCACCGAGCCGACUAAGCAACUCUUGUCGGAAGAUUUUAUCCGUUUGAAGAUCGUGAAAAACUCAGCCGACUUCAAUAACCUUGUUCUCAUAAUCCCUUCGUUUCAGAGCGCAGCAACUCCUUGCAUAUUUUUUAUAUAUUCGGGCCAGGUAUUCGAUGCCAUUGCAGGAGAUUUCGAUAUGCGUUUGAUAGAAGAAAAAAUAAAACAGAUUCAUCAUAAUUUGCAUAGCCUCAAGGGGCCUCAGCCAACCGCAACAUCGCCGCCUCCACCAUCUACUACAACAGCAGUACAACAGGUACCAUUAACGCCCACUGAUCUUCCGCCAAAUACAAAUAUAGACAACUUGAACCUGAAUGAAAAUCAAAGCAUGGGGCAAGUAUUCGCAGAAGUGCCGAACAGAAACUCCACGCCGGUUAAGCAAGAAAAGAAGUCUUUGAAAGAAGAGUCUGCAGAACUGGCGGCCUUGAAAUACAGGGAAAAUUUGCUAAAGCAGCAGAGACAGGCCAAGCUUGACCGUGAGCGUAUAUUAUACUUGCUGGAUCUAGAUCGAAAGGAACAGAGAAACAAGCUGAUAGAGAAGGAAAAACUCAAACAACAAGAACUUGAAGCGAAUACUGUAUUGCCUCAGCAUAUCCGUGAAAACUUUCAUAAUUCUAAGGUUCAGAACUCCUCAACCUAUAGCAUCCAGUUGAAGCUUCUGGAUGGUACCACUGCUCGUCACAAAUUUAAAAGCGACGAAAAGUUGAGCAAUGUGCGUGAUUUCGUAUUGAGAACAUACCCUGACUAUAACUCUUUUCCCUUUUACUUUUUCAAAACCAUUGACCGGAUCACCUUUGGGGAAGCAGAUGAAAACAAAUCUUUGAUGUCUUUAAAUCUUAACAUGGCUACACUCAUUUUGAAACCUGUGGAACCUGAAGAAAGUCAGCAAGUCUCAACAGCAGCAGAUAACACAAGCUCGUCUACGUUUGGUUGGUUGAAGAACAAGAUGUUUUCUUAUUUAUGGUCCGCCGAUAAGUUACUGCAUGAAACCGAUCCGAGUCAGGAAAACAGAAGUAGACCAUCUGUGAAUGAUGGCUCUUAUACCUCAUCGAUGAUGACCCAUCCCUAUAUGGAGGAAGAGAGUGAUAAUGACACAAUCUAUCAUACACCGGUUUUGAAUUCCACGACUCCUUCUAGUAGCUCUCUCCGUCCAACCAUGAGUAGCUUCAAUCUAUAUGGAUCGCAAGGGCUGAUACAACCAGCCUCAACUACAUCCUCUACCCACGAUCUUCAAAAUCUACUCUCUCGCAAUAACGACCAGAGAGAAGAAGCUUUCAGCGAGCCUUCGAAUGAAGAUUCACCAGUAUCACACAUUGUGUCGAAUGGGAAUUCAAACCAGUCUGAGUCAAGUGUAGACCGAAGCUUGCGUACGGUACGAAAUGCUGAAGAUGUUGAUGUCAAUAACGGCAACAGCAUCUCCUUACAAUUUCCCGACGAUGAUUAGUGCUUCUGCAAUUGUUUAUAGCAUACUGGAUGCUGAUCCACACUGAAAAAACGAGACACUGUGAUAUUUCAACACUUUUGCAUUUAAGAUACCUUUUUUUUUAUUUUUUAUUAAUUUAAAGUAAAAAAUUUCAUGAAAACAAUGUGUAAAUUAGUUAAACAAAGGAAAGCAAAAAAUAAUAAAAAGCGAAGAAGAGCUAAA